CACAACAAUUCUCUGGUUUGAAACUCUUUCUCAAACACAUCACCAAACCCGCCACCCAACACACCAUCAAAACACUCAACCAAAAUCUCUGUGACAAUCUCGAUCCACACACUCAAGAUGGCUGCCAGAGGUCUCUCCCAAAUCCCAACCCUCACGGACCUCUAUCAAAAGUCUCUCCUCCAUGCUGCGUCCUCUGCUUCGACUUCCUCGGAUGGAUAUCCUGCCAAUUCUGGCAUAAACGACCACGUCGGCCUCAUCCGUGGCGACAUCACUCGCCUGCGCCUCGACGCCAUUGUCAACGCAGCCAACUCGUCCCUCCUCGGCGGCGGUGGUGUUGACGGCGCCAUCCACCGCGCUGCUGGAACUCAGCUCGUGAAGGAGUGCGCUACUCUCGGCGGAUGUCCCACUGGCGAGGCUCGCAUCACUGACGGCUAUGACCUGCCCGCCAAGCGCGUCAUCCACACCGUUGGACCUAAGUACUACUACGACGAGGAUCCCGACGUGCUGCUGCGCCGCUGCUACCAGAACAGUCUAGAGCUAGCGGUGCGCGAGGGCGUCCAGACACUUGCCUUCAGCUCCAUUAGCACGGGUGUUUAUGGCUAUCCGUCGCUGGAAGCGGCCGAGGUGGCUUGCGAGACUGUGCGCAAGUUUCUGGACAGUGACGAUGGACCCAAAUUGAAGCGUGUCGUCUUCGUCACCUUUGAACAAAAGGAUGUGGAUGCGUACAACACUCUGCUCCCGAAAUUCUUUCCAUCUAACUAGAUGGUACUCACAACGGGAGGAGAGAAGAACGAUGAGCACUGGCGGAAACGCGGAGGAUAAGUCAAUUAGUUACCCCUCUGCCAGGAAAGUUGAUAAUGAGAUAGCGCGUUGCGUAUUCUGACUAAAUACAUACAUGAUAACA